AUGGCUAACAGCCGUGUACUGGGUGGAGCUGCCAGCUCAGGGCUCAGGCAGAUCACCAACUACAAGCCUAAAGCCCCCCACUCCAUUAACGACCGACGCCUAGCCAACAACCUGAACGAGUUCUACUGCCGCUUUGAAAGACAAAGGGACAGUCCUGAAACCAUCCCCCAAGACACCUCCCAACAGCUCCAGCUGUCAAUGCCUGUUACUCCCAGAUCCAUGGUCAUCAAAACACUGCUGUCCUGCAUCUCUGUGCUCACUGUGGUGCUCAACUUGUUGGUCAUCAUCUCUAUCUCCCACUUCAGGCAGCUCCACACCCCCACCAAUCUCAUCCUCCUCUCUCUAGCUGUGUCUGACUUGUUGGUGGGCCUUGUAGUGAUGCCACCUGAAAUCGUCUUGAUGCAUUCAUGUACGCUUCUGGAUAAACUUUCAUGUGCUGUCUUUUACCUUUUUAGCUUCAUCCUCACCUCUGCCUCAGUUGGGAACAUGGUGGUCAUAUCAGUGGAUCGUUAUGUGGCUAUUUGUUACCCUCUGUGAUAUUCUUCCAUGAUAACACCAAGAAGAGUUCAAAUCUAUUUGUCUCUGUGUUGGUUCUGUUCAGUUACCUACAACUUUAUGUUACUGAAAGAUCACUUGUCUCAGAUAGAUGUGUUGAAUUCCUGCUAUCAAGAGUGUUUUCUUGUCAUAAACUACAUUUUCGGGGCAGUAGACUUGCUGGUCACCUUUUUCUGCCCUCUUACUGUCAUCAUAGUUCUCUAUAUGAGAGUAUUUGUGGUGGCUGUGUCACAGGCACGUGUCAUGCGGUCUCAAAUUUCAGCUCUCAGAUCAAAUACUGUGACUGUUAAGAGAUCUGAGAUGAGGGCUGCUAGAACUCUUGGCGUUAUCCUUCUUGUGUGUUUCCUUCCAUACUACAGUUCUUCUAUAGCAGGACAGGACACAACAAGCAUGGCUUCAUCAGUUCAAAUUUGGCUGUUCAGUUGUAACUCCACAUUUAAUCCUCUGAUCUAUGCCUUUUUCUACCCGUGGUUUAGAAAAUCAGUUAAAGUCAUUGUCAGCCUUCAGAUACUACAGCCAGGCUCCUGUGAGGCCAAGAUACUGUAG